AUGAUCACACUUUACUGCAGUCGCAGAAAUAUCCGCAGAGAUUUAUUAAGAUUAAUUACUGAUAAAAUAAGAGCACAACACGAUUCCAAAUUGACAUCUUCUCAUGAGUUGGUACGACUCAAUUUUGAUUUAUUGAUUACUUCCUACUUUUCAAUUCAGCAUAGUCAAGUAGAUAUUUGA